GGCUUGGCGGCCAACUUCCCUGCAGCGCAGAAGGAGCUCAAAGAUCUGCUCUCGCUGGUCGAAGCAGCGGCUGGCUACAGCAAGGAUCUUUGUGUGGGUGACUGGCUCAAGGCAGUGGAAGCUGUGGAGGCCGUUCUCGGAACGUCACCGCCCGAGGCACCUGGCCGAUGCACAACAGAUACGUGCCGGGUGUGGACGCUCUUCCACUUCAUGUCCCUCGCCGAGCGGCACGAAGUGGCAGGUGCGCUGUCGGCAGAGGAGCUCGUCGAGAGCAUCACGGCCUUCAUCACGCACUACUUCCGCUGCGAGCACUGCCGGAAGCAUGCGCUGGAGCAGCUAGGCGCGGGCGCGUAUGGUCGAGAUGAGCUCAUUGCUAAGGGAGCAGAUGGGAUUCCG